GCCUUCGCGUCAUUUUCCAAGCCAAAGGGCUAGAGGAUUGGACCUCCCCCUUAAUUUGUCAGUUCAGUGCUUGCUGGUGGGGGCUUCCGCUCCUGGGGCCUGAACUCAGGUGUGUCGGGGUGAGGGGCAGCGGAGAGCCGGACCAGGCCCACGCGGAGGCAGGCUGUGGGGGUGCCGCGAGGUCGGCCCCGGGGGCUGGUUGGGGAGCUCAGCUCUGCCACCUGUCGCCUCUGCCCCACCCCCGCAUGUAGGAGCCUGGAGGGAGAGGGAAUGGCUCCUGUGCUGACAGCCAGGCUGGGACAGGAAUCACUAGCAUUUAAGGAUGUGGCUGUGGAAUUCACUACGGAGGAGUGGAUACAAUUGAACCCAUCUCAGAAAAAGUUGUACAGGGAUGUGAUGCUGGAGAACUACACGAAUAUGGUGUUUUUGGGAUUUGCAGUUUCCAAACCAGAUGUGAUCUACCAGUUGGAAAGAAAGGAAGCAUCUUGGGUGGCAGAGGCAGAUAUUCCCAGAAGCAGCUGUCCAGAGAGCCAAGAAUUUAGUGAAGAUAAGCCUCCUGAAUAUAAUGAAUGUGGGAAGGCCUUUGGUAGUAAGAAACAACUUACAGUUCAUCACAGAGUUCAUACUGGAGAGAAACCUUAUGAAUGUAGUGAAUGUGGAAAGGCCUUCGGGACGAAGACACGCUUUACGCUGCAUCAGAGAAUUCAUACUGGAGAGAAACCUUAUGAAUGUAGUGAAUGUGGAAAGGCCUUCAGGUGGAAGACACUCUUGCCAGUGCAUCAGAGAAUUCAUACCGGAGAGAAACCCUAUGAAUGUAGUGAAUGUGGAAAGGCCUUCAGAGAUAAGAGAGAUCUUAGAGUACAUCACAGAACUCAUACUGGAGAGAAACCUUAUAAAUGUAGUGAAUGUGGAAAGGCCUUCAAGAGAAAGACAGAACUUAAACUGCAUCACAGAAUUCAUACUGGAGAGAAACCUUAUGAAUGUAGUCAAUGUGGAAAGGCCUUUAGGAGAAAGUCACAUCUUACGGUUCAUCAGAGAAUUCAUACUCGAGAUGUGUGUUAUGAAUAUAAGGAGUGUGGGAAGGAUUUCCUUUACAACUCAGAUCUCACUCUACAUCAAAAAAUUGAUACUGGAGAGAAACCUUAUGAAUAUAGUGAAUGUGGAAAGGCCUUCAGGAGGAAGACACAACUUAUAGUGCAUCAGAGAAUUCAUACUGGAGAGAAACCUUAUGAAUGUAGUGAAUGUGGAAAGGCCUUCAGGUGGAAAACACCCCUGACAGUACAUCAGAGAAUUCAUACUGGAGAGAAACCUUAUGGAUGUAGUGAAUGUGGAAGGGCCUUCAGACAUAAGAUACACCUGACAGUGCAUCAUAGAAUUCAUACGGGAGAGAAACCUUAUGAAUGUAGUGAAUGUAGGAAGGACUUCAGGUAUAAGGUACAACUUACAGUGCAUCGCAGAAUUCAUACUGGAGAGAAACCUUAUGAAUGUAGUGAAUGUGGAAAGGCCUUUAGAGAUAAGUCACAUCUUACUGUGCAUCAAAGAACUCAUAGUGAAGAGAAACCUUAUGAGUGUAGUGAAUGUGGAAAGGCCUACAGGCGUAAGUCAAAUCUCACUGUGCAUCAGAGAAUUCAUACUGGAGAGAAACCUUACGAAUGUAGUGAAUGUAUGGAGGUGUUCAUUUCUAAGACACACCUGAGAGUGCAUCAGAGAAUUCAUACUGGAGAGAAACCUUAUAAAUGUGCUGAAUGUGGAAAGACCUACAGGGAUAAGACACAACUUAAAAUGCAUCAGAGAAUUCAUACUGGAGAGAAACUUUAUGAAUGUAAUAAAUGCGGGAAGCCCUGCAGGGAUAAGAUAGACCUUACAGUUCAUCACAGAAUUCAUACCGGAGAGAGACCUUAUGAAUGUGGUGAAUGCGGUAAGGGCUUCCGUGCUAAAAACCAACUUAGAGUUCAUGAGAGAAUUCAUACUGGAGAGAAACCUUAUGAAUGUAGUGAAUGUGGGAAAGCCUUCACUAGUAAGGCACAACAUACAAAUCAUCGGAGAAUCCAUACUGGAGAGAAACCUUAUAAAUGUAGUGAAUGUAUGGAGGCCUUCAGGACCAAGAAGUUCCUUGCUCUGCAUCAGAGAAUUCAUACUGGAGAGAAACCUUAUGAGUGUAGUGAAUGUGGGAAAGCCUGCAGGGAUAAGACACGACUUACAGAGCAUCAGAGAAUUCAUACUGGAGAGAAACCUUAUGAGUGUAGGAAAUGUGGAAAAGCCUUUAGGAGCAAGGACAUGCUUACUAGUCAUCAGAGAAUUCAUACUGGAGAGAAAACUUAUAAAUGUAAAUGAAUGUGUGAAGACCUUCAGAGUGAGGAUACAACUUACUCAACACCAAAAAAUUCAUUCAGGAAAGAAAUGUUAAGCGUGUAGUGCAUGUAGGAUGACCUUUAGAUGGCAGACACUAUGUUAUGUCCAUCAGAGAAUUCAUCCUGGUAAGUUUCCUCGUGAACAUAAGCAGUGUGGGAAGGCCUUCCAUUGCAAUUCAGAUUUUAUUAGACAUCAAAAAUUCAUGUUGGAGAAAAACCUUAUGUAUGUAGUGAGCCUGGGAAGGCCUUCAGGAAGAAGCCACAUCUUACUGUGUAUCAAAGGAUUCAUACUGGAGAAAUUCUUAUGAAUGUGAGUAGUAUGGGAAGGCCUUCUAUACCAAGUCAGAUCUUUCUCAAUUUCAAAUCUUCUGAAUGUAAUGUACAAGGGAAGGCCUUCCACCCAAAUGUGUCUUUUACUCAACAUCAGAGCAUUCAUACUGGAGAAAGACCUUUUGAAUGCAAUGAAUAUGGGAAGACCUUCAGCCUGAAGACACAACUUGCUCAACAUCAAAGAAUGAAUUCUGGAGAGAAACCUUUGAGUUUGGGAAGGCCCUUAAACUAAGGGUGCUAUUUUAUGUCCAUCAAAGAAUUCUUACUAGAGUGAUUUUUCACAACUCUAAGGAGUGUCUACUAGACUAGACCCCAGUCUACUAGACUGAUUUUGAGUCCUUCAAUGCAAUUCAGUGAUUCCUCAUUUAGGCACCAUGGGAGAAGGAAUUAUCCCUCCCCUCUGUAGAGGCCUGUAAAAGGGCAAAAAUUUAGUGUUAUCCUGCAUGGACAUUCAGGGAGGGAGAGGUUAUGUUGGCUGAGCCAGAGGUUACUGAGUGGAUGGUGGUAUUGGGAGAGCUUUAGUAUUAACUUUGAUCCCUAGGCACAUGGUAUGCAAGACUCUUGGGGAUGGCUUCUCUACCAUGAGAUGAGCUUCAGCCUAAUGUGUGAUGAAUAAUUGUUGAUGGUGCUUGAGUAGUAUUUCAUAAUCUGAGCUGUGUAUCUGAUGUUGCUUUCGUUGCUCCUGCUCCUAUUCAUUUGGGUAGCCACUGCAGACCACAAAGAUUUCUAAUCACCUUAAUUGAAACAAAGCAUCACAAGGACCUGUGGCGGAUAUUGAUGCAAUGUGAUUUCUGCCCAGUGCUUUGAAUUGAAGUGCAGGUAAACAGUGACCUUAUGGUAGCAAAAUGCCUUGUCAUCUAAUUGGUGACACACAUGCAAUGAUGAAGGAACAUAAACAGGGAGUUUUCAAUGAAGACAUCAAAGUGAUCAAUAAUAAUGAAAAAAUCCACUAAAUCACUUGUUUAUAGAGAAAUGAAAACAGCUGUGAAGUGACAUGUCACACUACCUCAGAUUGGCCAUUGCGACAGAAAAGGAAAAUGACAUUCUAGAGGUGAUGUGGAAAAAUAGGGACACUAUGCACAAUUCAGAACUGGUCCAACCAUUGUAGAGAACAAUUUGGAACUGGGAUCUCACUGGUAUAAAACUGUGCAUACCCUUUUAUAGAGGAAUACCACUACUAGGUCUGUAUCCUAAACAGAUUUUUAAAAAGACCUGUAUGUACAAAACUAUAACAAGUUCUUUUGUGGUGGCAGACAAUUGGAAGUUGAGGGGCUGUCCAUCCACUGGGGAAUGGCUGAAGAAGCUGUGGUAUAUGAAUGUAAUGGAAUACUAUUGUGCUAUAAGAAAUGAUGAGCAGGUGGAUUUCAGGAAAACCUAGAAAUACUUACAUGAACUGAUGCUGAAUGAAGUGAGCAGAACCAGGAGGAGAACAUUGUACACACUAACAGCAACAUUUUGCGAUGACUGAUAGAUUUAGUUCUUCUCAGCAAUACAAUGAUCUAAGACAGCUCCAAAAGACUCAUGAUAGAAAAUGCUAUCCACAUCCAGAGAAAGAACUAUGGAGUCUGAAUGCAGAUCAAAGUCUACUAUUUUCACUUUUUUUUUUGUAUUUUCUUUCUCAUACUUUCCCCCCUCUGUUCUGAUUCCUCUUUCAUAACAUGACAAAUAUGGAAAUAUGCUUAAUAUGAUUGGACAUGUAUAGCCUAUAUCAGAUUGCUUACCAACUUAGAGAGGGGUGAAAAAAAAAGAAUUUGUAACUCAAAAUCUUAAAACAGCAAAUGUUGAAAGCUAUCUUUACAGGUAAUUGAAAAAAAUAAUAUGAUGUGAGGGGGUGGGAAAGCUGUUAUAGCCUGUUGUUAUGAAGAAUCCUAUCUUCCUGUUCUUCAGCUUUGCAGAGAUUUUUGUCCCUAGAAAUCUGGAGGACAUUGCCCUUUGGCCCAGAGCCUUCUCCUUUUCCCUUCCACUUCCACACCUGAAGUCCCUGAGCCUUCAUGUAAGUGAUUCCUGAGCCUGCUUGACUGCCUCCUUUGUGUCCUCUCAAAAGAGAAGAGCUAAUUAGAAAUGGCAUUCUCACCCACUGCUCUAUGGAACCUUGGGCAAGUUACUUUACCUAUCUGAGCUCUUCAUCUGUAAAACAACAGACCUUUGUUAGAUGAAGCUGGGACACUGAAGGAGCCCAGGAGAGUUGAGUUAAACUCCCUCACUUCCACAAUGGCAACAAGGGCUGUUGUCAGCAAAGGAGGUAUUUCAGAGCAGACCCAGAGCAGUUUGAGUUAAGUUUCCUCCUAGGUGAAUUGAUUUGUGGCCCACUUAGGGACUCUUUGGGGCAUGGAGAAUUAAAAAAAAACAAAAUACCAGCAUUGGCAGAGGAACUCCUGACAUCCCAGGGAACCUCCUUUUUGAUUGUUUAAAAUUCCCUUACCUGCUGACUGUACCUGGUUUUCCUGUUCUGGACUGCAUUUUGCCAAACAUGAAAUGUCACCUAA